AUGGAUAAUGAUAAGGGAAAAGCGACAUGGGAUCCUUACACGACAAAGAUUCUAAUCGAUGUUUGUACCGAGCAAAUAGUGCACAAGAAACGACAAGGAACAUCGUUUACAAGGCCCGGUUGGGGGAAAAUUGAAAAGAACUUUCAGAAAAGGAGCGGGAGAAAGUAUGACAGGAGGCAAUUGAAGAAUAGAUUUGAUAUAUUGAGAAAAGAUUGGAAGUUGUGGGAUAACCUGAUGUUUAGAGAGACUAGAAUUGGUUAUGGUACAGCCACAAAUAGGGUGUUGGCCUUCGAUGAGUGGUGGCAACAAAAAUUGCUGGUGGACCCUAAUUUCAAGAAAUUUAGACAUCAGGGUUGA